AUGUCAAAGAGUAGUAAUAAUCGAUAUAAUGGGGAUGAUAUAUGGAAGAACAAUACGGAAAAGAUCAAUUCGGAAUUAUUCACAUUAACCUAUGGAUCCAUCGUUUCACAAUUAUGUCGAGAUUUUAAUCAUAAUUAUCAUGAAGUUAAUAAUCAAUUAGAUAAAAUGGGAUAUAAUAUUGGUCUAAGAUUGAUUGAAGAAUUCUUAGCUAAGACUGGAGUAGGAAGAUGUUCAACAUUCAAAGAGACAGUCGAAGUGAUAUCGAAAUUAGGGUUCAAGAUUUUUCUUAAUAUUACACCCCAAAUUGAAAAUUGGAGUUCUGAUAAUAAAUCAUGUUCCUUAAUCUUACCUGAUCCUAAUCCAUUGACUGAAUUUGUUGAAUUACCAAAUUUAAAAGAUGCUGAAAUCUUAAAGGAAUUAUGGUAUUCUCAAAUCUUAUGUGGGGUAUUAAGAGGUGCUUUACAAAUGGUUCAAUUAGAUGUAGAUGUUAAUUUUGUAAAGGAUACAUUAAGAGGUGAUGAUAAAACUGAAAUAAGAUUAAAAUUAAAUAAAUUUUUAAAGGAUGAAGUACCUGCUGGUGAAGAUUAA